CGAUGGAUGCACACAGAGCAAUUCCGAAAGUUAAAUUCUUCGUGUUACUGAAUUUCUGUAUUCUUCAUUAAAAAUUAUGAUAUAAAAUAAUUUGAGAAUUGUACUUAUCAGAUUAAAAUGAUGUUCAUCAUUGCAAGCAGAUUUCGCUAUCAAAAUGUAUGCAGUAUAUUUAGUAUUUCAAGAACGAACUAACUGGAAAAUUACAAUAAUCUCUGCAAGUAUGAAGCAACUGAAUUACAACUUUUAGAGGGAUGAGUGAUGUUUGAGGGACCAUGAAUGAUGAUUGUGAAUGCAUUGUAUUUCCGUCUCAGAAGUCCUGCUGGCCUGACAUCCAAAAUCACCUGAAAGAAUUACAAGAUCUGUCAAAUCAAGAAUCAUGUGAUCUUUGUGAAUUAGCCUUGAUUCAUCAACGGAUUGUGGACAUUCUUGCGUGGGAUGAUACAGAGCCCAGAGAAGUUGCUUUUAAAAACACCACUUUUUACGGUUUUAUAAAGUUUCUUCAACAAGAUGCAUCAGAGGUUGAAAGAUUGCAUAUUCUUCAGUCAACUUUACCAAAGAUUAUUAACCUAGCUUUAGAGAUUGAAAAGUAUGCAUCUGAUGAGGACAUUCUUCAAAUAAGUGCUCAACAACAAGGAAAAGAAUUCGUACUGAGUCGUCAAUUUGUGGGAUCUAUUUUGGCAUCAGCAUUUUUGUGUUUGUUUGAGGGAAGCAGGACAACGCAAUACACCAACACGAACCUGAACAGCAUUAAUUUCUCCAGAUUUUUCUAUCAUCUUCCAAGUCCAUCACAAAAUGCCAAGCUUCUGUGUUUCCUCAACUAUUUUGAAAGAAUUGGGAACAAUCCAAGCAGUAAUCAAGGAAACAUUCGAUUCUAUCGCCAGGUGGUAGCUUAUGAUGAGUUACCUACCCUUGAUUCUUGGCUUAACAGUGACUGUGAACUUUGCCCUUUUUAUACACGAUAUGAAGGGCAGAUUGAAGACUCAGUGCCAGAGGCAAUUGAGGUGGAUUUUGCUAACAGAUUCAUAGGUGGAGGUGUGCUAGGAAGGGGAAGAGUUCAGGAGGAAAUCCGGUUCACCGUGUGUCCGGAGCUGAUAGCUGCCAUGUUGUUUAUGGAGUGUAUGGACGACAACGAGGCCAUCAUCGUACAGGGCUAUGAGCAGUUCUCGGAGACCAGUGGUUAUGGAGAAAGUUUGACCUACGUUGGAGAUUAUAAGGAUAUGGCUCAGUUUGAUGAAAAUGGAGUAUUAGAGAACACUUUAUGUGCCAUUGAUGCUCUUUCCUAUCGGAGUGGUUCCCCCUCCAAACAGUACCAGGACAGCCACUUCCUGCGAGACCUCAACAAAGCCUUUGUAGGCUUCAGUGCAAAGGUCAAGAAAAGCUCUGCAACGACAAGACACCAAUCAGAGAAGUCGAAACAUUCUUACAGUGGGACAGAGUUUGGUUGUAACGGGCAUGUUGAUUUGCUGAAGGCUGACAGUGAGGAGUACAUUACAGCCUCAGAAGGUGAAGAUGGAAACAGUGAUGUUGUAAACUGUGCAUCAGAGAUGCCCGAGAUUUAUAAAAUGGUGGAUGGUCUGGUGACCAGGAUUCUGUACUCAGCCAUACAGGAAGUAUGCAGCAGCCAUGGAUACGAGAGAUCCGACAGCCGAUCUACUUUGGAUGAUCCGACCUCAUCCGCCUCAUCCACUUCACAGAGACAAGAAGAGCUUGAUGAGAGCCUAGAACAAGCCGACCUGGACUGCCAGGAUUGGUUGAGCCGAUUCAGGAGGCGGAGCUCAAACUUAAGUGACAUCGGAUCCAGGCGUAGCAGUUGUAGCACGAGGUACAGUUCUGAUUUUAGCUCAGAGCUGGAAGAGUAUUAUGAUAAUUAUCAACGAAGGGACCAAUCGAUUAUACGGAAGACUAUUGCAGAAGAGGAGGGAUGUCCGUUUAUUUGUGAUUUCGCCAAUAGUUUAGCCACAUUGCUUAUACAAGAAAGCACUGCCUUGGCUGCCCACAGUGCUGUUCAGAACUUUAAUGAUGGGCUACCACAAGUUUGCAUUAUGAGGCCAAUUGCGCAUAAACCAGACAUGGAAGACAGCACUCAGAGGACCAAUUAUUCUACAUCCACUGUUCUAGAGUUGGCUGCUCAAAAAUUUGCAGACAAUUUCAUCAGUAAUUUAUUUCCCUCAGCUUUCUCUACACUUUCCAAUUUGACUUCUGAAAAAUGCCCCAAGCAGAAAUCUUCACUUCUAGACAUUCCACUGGAUAGAGCAGAAUCUGUUGACUCUGAUUCCGAUGAAAACUGUGAUAUGAACAAUUGUGAUACAUAUAUGGGCGGCUUUUACCCAGGGAGCAUUGUUGAAGAUAAUUAUCCAUUGGUGGAUGAAGCAGAAUUGAGAAUCGCUGCGGUCAACCUAGUGGACUCUGCCAUACAUAGUGCUGUACAAAUAGUUCAGGGGAGGUGGACUCCUCCUCAAUCCCAGAGCAGAACGACAGGAGACGAAGAACUCAACUUGUCCAAUGGUGUCACAGACUCCUCCAGCGAAAAAGACGAUAACAUGUCUCUUUUGAGCAACAGUCUUGGUAAGCGAUGGGAGCUGUCCUCAAGUCCUUCCAAAUCUCCCAAAAAUGUGCAGUUCCAUGACACCGUUAUUUUGAACAAAAAUGAUCAUGACAUUGUUGCAAGGGCCAUGUCAGAAUCAUCCAACAGCCAGGACUCAUUUUCUGUACCAACCUUACUUGUGACAGAUGAUGUCUCGCAAAGUAACAAUCUCAGUGGUGCUUAUAGUCAUAUUGCAGAGAACAUUGUGUUGUCUGGGUUUGCAGAUGCUUUAAAAGAUCUUCAGAAAGAAACUGGUGAGACAUUUGAAGGGUCUGCACUAAAGUUCAGUGCAUCAGGGUAUCAGCCAGAGAAGACCCUCAUUGUGAAAGGGAACAAUUUGAUUCAUCCCGGCGAGAUUUUGCGCGGAGAAUCUUAUGAAGACAUAUCAAGUCCCAGUGAUAUUAACUGCUGCGCCUCUUCCCUACCCAGAGACCUACUCACCAAUGCAUUCAUUGAGGUCCAGCAGAGCUCUGGAGUCCCCAAUGGUUCCAGCUACGCCAGACGCAGCAGCGAACCUAUGAAGUUGUCUAACCAGGCAGCCAGACAGCUGGUGGAAGACAACCAACAGGGGGUCCGCCGCUACACAGAGAAAUCCAAAAGCUGUACAGAAGAUGAUCUUGUUGAUUAUGUCAGAGAGUUCGAUAGAAGAUGGGCUAUUGAAGAUUUGCGGGAAAGGAAAGGAUCAUGUGGAUUCAAAGAUCCGACACUCUCCAGAUUUGCUGAAGAACUGAUGAAAACUGAGUGCAAAAUCCCAACACUACAUAUUCCAAUGUCCUCAACAUCAAACCGCAGUCUUAGCGGGUCGUCCACAUCAUUCCACAGUAGUAAAAGUGGAUUUAAGGACCCGAUGCUUUCAAGCUUUGAAGAAGAGCUCCUGUCCACAAGUUUUGGUAGGUCUUCCACCAAAAGUUCCAGUAUCAAGCAGAAGAGAAAGAAAAGCACAGGAAGUAGAGUAACAUCUGCAGGAAGGGUCCAACAGUCCAUGUAUUUCACAGAGAUGUUCCAGGAAACUGUGUCAGAUUUCGCCGACAGACUUGCUCAAGGCAUCGUCCUUGAGUCGAUAGAAACCGUGUUAAGAGGCUCGCUGGAUUCCAGAUUUUCACCAAGAGAUGCACCAUUCACAACAUCAUCCCCUAUUCCAAAUGAUCUCCUCAAUCUGGCUGAUCGCCUGUCUAGUCUAUUCCUCGAGGAAGCCAUGUCUGUGGUGUCUGACAAAAUCAGAAGUCGACAACGCGCCGAGAUUUCAUCAGACACCGAGUCCUGCUCUACAGAGGAGUACAGUGAUGCUUUGGAUGUGCAAUGCCACAAAGUUGAGGAGUUUGCCGACGAGGUGGCCAAGAGGGUUCUGGAGACUGCAGUGAAGUUCAUCAUUAGAGAAAUGGAAUGCUUCAAAAAGAAAGACAGUGGCCGCCCUAUUGCCACAGGGAACUGGGGUUGUGGAGCUUUCAGGGGGGAUGUCCACCUUAAGUGUUUACUACAGUGGGUGGCCGCCUCCUACGCAGGUGUACCUCACCUUAUCUACUACACAUUUCAUCACGAGGAACUCAUACAGCUUGAGGAGGUUGUGUCGGCGAUAAAGGACAAGAAGUGGGGCGUCAAACAGCUGAUGCAGGUGAUCCGGAUGUACUGUAUGACCUGCCAGAACUGUCCAAGGAGGGAGCGUCCGGAUCUGUUCCAGCUCAUUCUGAAGGAUGACACCUUUGCAGACAUUGCAUGAUUUACGCCUAGACACCAACAUGCUUUUAGGGGACAUCUUUGCAAAUAUUGUUUGAUUUACAUGUAGUCCAACAUGCUUUAGAUUUCCAAAUUCUGAAAUUGUUUCAGUGUUUUAAAUUUAUGUCCAUUUUUUUUUUAUGUUUUCUUUUCAUACUUAAGUUGUGUAGUUAUGUGAGUCAAGUGAAGAGAUAGUGCUGUAAUUUUAGAGACAAAAAAAUGAGAAGGAAUUCCCUUAGUAUUAAUUGUUUUUUAUUUUAUGUACAUGUUAGAAACUUACAAGCAAUUGUUGAUCAAUAAAUGUUUGCACCAGUGGAUAAA